CCGACACAUCUUGCAGCCAAGAGCAGAAAAACCGGAGCACUCAAGUGCUUGCUGCAGCUGGGGGCGUCAACCAACGCAAGAGACUCAGGCAGCAGGACCUGCUUGCAUGUCGCUGCUCUUGCGGGAAACUCGUCAGCCGUCAAGGCUCUUGUUGAAGCCAGCGCCCAUGUCAACGUCAGCGACUCUCAGCUCCGAACUCCUCUGCAUGCAGCCUGUUUGUCGGGGAUGCCGAUCAUCGUCGCGAGCUUGCUUGAGGCCUCUGCGGCGGUGGACGUGCAGGACUGGAGGCUUGAGACGCCUCUGCACCUCGCGGUCGCUCAUGGGCACGCGGAAGCCGCGAGACAGCUGCUGAUGGCGGGAGCUGACUGGGAGAUACGAAACUUGGAAGGCAACAACAGCUGGCAUGCAGCUGGGUUCUGGUAUCGCCAUGAAGACAUGGCUGAGGACGUCGAGAAGAGGUUGAGCUGA